AUGUAUUAUCCCGGUGAAAUUCCCGGCAUUGACUCUGAACUUCCGGAAGCGGAUUAUAUUAAUUUAGAUACCGACUUGUUAUUUAAGUUUCUUAAACAGCAUGAGCAUAAUCUCCUUAACAACUACAAAAGCCCAAUUAGAACUCCCGAAUGGGAUAAAAAAAUAAUUGGACUAGUUGGUAAAGAAGAAGAUAAGGAAUUUAAAAAGGAUGAAAUCAAACCAGAUGGAACCAAAGUAACCACCGAUAAAGAAACCAUCAAAGUCAACGAUGUCAAACAAUUAUUAGCCGAAAUCAAAACCCAAAAGCAAACUGUUGAAACUAAAUUAACUGAAUUAG